AGUUAAAGAUGAAACAAUUUGUGGUGUUAGCGCUGAUCAGCAGUCUCCUCUUGGCCUAUGUCUGUGCCCAUCCCUUGGAGCCCGAACAGACUCAACAGCAGCUGACUCUGGAGGAUGUGGAUGCGCAGCCAAUCGAUGAUGGCGCUGGCAAGCGAGUAGCUCGCUUCUUUGGCGGUGGACGCGGUGGCUACUGCUGCGGUGGAGGAGGCGGUGGAUUCCGUCGCGGUGGCUUCGGUCGUGGCGGUGGCUACGGAGGACGUGGUGGCGGCGGCGGCGGCUUUGGCGGCAGUGCAUCAGCCUCGGCUUCGGCAUCGGCCAGUUCCAGCUUCGGCGGUGGCUUUGGUUACGGCAAAUAACCACAACGCUUUGAUUUAAAAAUAGAUGCAAUUAGACGAAAAGAAACUAAAAUAAAUUCAUAAACGUGAAACCAAAAAUAAACAA